AUGGACCGAACUCUGUAUUUCAUUCUUCUUCUCAUUGCUCUCUGCUCCGUAUCUGAAUGUGUUCAGCGUCAGUAUCACUUUAUAAAUGAGAACAAGACCUGGACUGCUCAGAGAUACUGCAGAGAGAUAACACAGACUGGCACCGCUGACAACAUGAACGACAUGAACGAGCUGAAGAAGAGUGUGAAUGAUGGAAGUGUUCAGAUAUCUGGAUUGGGCUGCAGAAGACGGGUCGUGAUGAAUGGCACUUGGUCUUCAGGUGAACCUGCGCUCUAUCUGGAUUGGGCUACUGGAAUACCAAUCUUGGUGCAGAAGAAUAGAAAAUGGUUCGACGUCUCUUGCACCAAUCAAUAUCCUUUUGUGUGUUAUGAAGAUAAACUGAUUGUGAUCCGAGAGAAUGUGACGUGGUCUGAAGCUCUGAGAUACUGCAGACAGAAUCAUGUGGAUCUGGUCUCGGUUCAUUCAGAAGAGAUGCAGCGUCGUGUGAUGAACGUGGUUAAACUGGCGUCUACUGCGGAGGUCUGGUUGGGUUUACGUUACUCUCACAUUUUGGGCAUCUGGUACUGGGUGAGUGGAGAUACCGUGUGCUAUCAGAACUGGGCUCCAGGGAACGGCACAUCAGAGGAGGACUGUGAACACACAGUGAGAUCUGGAGCAGUUCAGUCUGGAGGAGAUCAGCGCUGGAUCAGCCUUCCUGAGACUCACAAACUCAACUUCAUCUGCACAACUUAUGAAGAGUAAAGAACAUGUGAAUGCCUGAAUGUUUAUUUCCAUUAUCUUCCUGUUUCCAGUUGUUAAGGUUAAAUACAUGUGUAAUGUUUGUUUCUUUUUUCUACAGAUUAUGUUA